CUCCUCUGACAGCUCUCAGUAUCAGCCCAGUGGCUCCCUGCCAUUGGCUCAGUGCAAUGGACCGGCAACGCCGCUCACUAUAAUAACACUCAUGCCUGCCAGCAGCAGCAACUCCGAGUGCGGGCACCGAGCGCGGGGGAUGCUGCUGCCGCCGCCACCGCCGCAGCUGCGGCUCAGGCGGCUCCCGCUGUCCGGCUGCGCUCGGCCGCCGCGCCUCCACUGACUCCAGCCCGCGCCGCCCUCCGGCCGGGCCGGCUCCUCCCCGCCCGAGAUCCUCCCGUGGGGCGCAUCAGCCCGAGGCGAAUUAGGAGAGCGGCAGAGACGGCGGCAGAGGCGGCGAGCAUGCGGAGGCGGAGGAGCCCGGGCGCGCACGGCAGAGGGGUGUAGUGAGCCUGUCUCCGGAGGGCGUGCGACAGAGGUGGCGAUUCGCCCUCCCGGCCGGUGCCCAGCCCGGCCUCCCCGGGCUCCAGCGCGCUGCGGCUGCGGGCGCGGGGUGCAUGGAAGCGGCUGCUGCGGUGGAGGAGGCGGUGGCUGCCCCAUGGAGUGUUACUACAUUGUCAUCAGCUCCACGCAUCUCAGCAACGGACACUUUCGCAACAUCAAGGGAGUUUUCCGGGGCCCUCUCAGCAAGAACGGGAACAAAACUCUGGAUUAUGCUGAGAAGGAGAACACCAUAGCAAAAGCUCUAGAAGAUCUGAAGGCCAAUUUUUACUGUGAACUCUGUGACAAGCAGUAUUAUAAGCAUCAGGAGUUUGACAAUCAUAUUAAUUCAUAUGAUCAUGCUCACAAACAGAGGCUCAAAGAACUGAAACAAAGGGAAUUUGCUCGAAAUGUAGCAUCUAAAUCCAGGAAAGAAGAAAAAAAACAAGAAAAGGCUCUCCAACGCCUGCACAAGCUGGCCGAAUUAAGAAAAGAAACUGUAUGUGCUCCUGGAAGUGGUCCCAUGUUCAAGUCAACAACUGUUACUGUGAGAGAAAAUUGUAAUGAGAUUUCCCAAAGAGUUGUUGUGGAUUCAGUUAAUAACCAAGAAGAUUUCAAAUAUACUUUGAUUCAUAGUGAAGAGAAUGCUAAAGAUGUUACCACUGUUGCUGCAGAUCCAGAAAGCGCAAAUAAUUAUACAAAACAUAAUCAACCUGGAGAUCAAGCCCAGGGAAUUCACAGACACAAAAUUGGCUUUUCUUUUGCAUUUCCAAAGAAAGCAUCUGUGAAGCUGGAGUCCUCAGCUGCAGCGUUCUCUGAAUACAAUGAUGACGCCUCUGUGGAAAAAGGAUUUAGUAGAAAAAGUAGAUUUGUCCCUGGUACUUGUCAUCUUCAACUAUCUUCACCAACAGAUGUGCUUUUGAGCCCUGAGGAGAAAGCAAACUCUCUUCAUCCACCAGAGGGAAUGUGCACUUACAAAGAAACUACUCAAGCUCAAGAGAUGAAGGAAGUUUCUUGUGAAAAAGAUACAUUUGUAUUACCUUCAUUUUGUCAGUUUCAACUCCCUUUAUCAUCUGAUGCUAAUAAUGGUCAAAAUUCAGUCCCAUUAGCAGAUCAAAGACCACUGACAGAUGUUGUUAUUAAUGAGAACUUAUCUAUGAGUAGUACCGGUUCUGAGGUGUUAGGAAAUAAAUGCACAGUUGUUGAAAGGGCUCAUGACUGCAUAUCUUUGCCAGCCACCCCAGAAGACAAUGCUAAGGAGAAUGAUGUACCCACAAUUGAAGUUGAAAAUAAAAAUUAUGGUCCUGAGAUGUUGGCCCCUUCAAAUUCUGAAGAGGAUAAUAUAACCUUACAUAAAAAAUCAGAUGUAUAUAAAAGACCGUGUGAGCCAUUUGUACCUGUCCUUAACAAAGAUGGAUCAACAGUUCUUCAGUGGCCAUCAGAAAUGCUAAUUUACACAGCUACUCAACCAUCAGUUUCCUAUAGCUGUAAUCCUCUCUGUUUCGACUUUAAAUCUGCUAAAUCAAACAACAAUCUAGAUAAAAACAAGCUGCCCUUAAAUGACCUUUAUUCUCAACAGAAGGGAGAAGACAUUUGCAAGAGACCAGUUUUGGAUUGCAAGGACAGAUCUGUUGCAGGACUCACAGGUUAUGACAUUGGAGGUAGCAGAAAUGAAUCCACUCAAGUCACUCCUCUGUUGGCUGAAGAUACUCGCUCCAAUAGUUGUGAUUCUGGAAAAAAUGAGAGUAUAAAUCCUAAGUAUAAAAAUAUUUCCUGUAGGAGCAGAAAAACAAAAAGACAUAAUUUUAUUAAAAAGCAAGUAAAACAGAAUACUCAUGAGAAAUACAACAAAACAAGGUUGAAAGAGACACAUGAACAUUGGUUCCACAAAAGUAGAAGAAAGAAGAAAAGAAGAAAGUUAUGUCACCAUCACCAUGUGGAGAAAACCAAAGAAUCAAAAACUCACUUCAAAAUGGAAACAGAAAAUAGUUACACUGAUAUAACUAGGAAAAACCUACUUGAAACAGUUUCAGAAAAGCAGGAUUUACCUGUAGAGCAAUUAUUGGACUCACAUCAAUUACCUGAUAAAAACCCCAAGUCAGCAGUUAUGUUCUUACAUGAAAAUGAAGAAAUGUGUAAAUUGUGGAACACUGAAUACAACAAUAAUGAUGAUAUCAGUUCUAAAAAUCACUGUACAAAGAACUCAAUUGUUUUAAAUGGACAAUCCAAUUCAACAAUGAUGCAUUCUGGGAAACAUAAUUUAACACACUCCCGAACUUCCUGUAGUUGUAAAGCCAAAAUGUCCAGCUGUAGUCAGGAUCACAGAUGCUUCAUUCUUCAAAAAGACAUGAAGUACAUGCCUCCGAAUCAGGCUGUUAAGAGAGGUUAUAAUUCUCUCAUUAAUGAAUCAGAAAGAUUUUAUCAAAAACGUAGACAACAUUCACAUUCUUAUUCUUCAGAUGAAAAUUUGAAUCGACAGAAUGAUUUACCAGAAGAAUUUUGGGAGCCACCACGUGCUUCAUCUCCCUUUAAGCCUAAAAGGAAACGGAGGAGAAAAAGAAGCGGAUUCCAUGCCAGAUCUAAAGCUUUGGAACUCAAAGAGACUGCAGAUGAUCCCAGGAAAGGCAAUUCUUCCUUAUGUCACCAGGAUGAGUUGACAAAUGAAGACAAUAUAGAGGAAAUAAAACCACAAGAAAUUGCAAAUGUCGAAAGAAACUCAGAACAAACAGAUCAAAUAGAAAACAAACUGACUUUACCCCCUAGCAAUUCCUUUCCUUCCGGAACCAAUGGUGAAACCGAGCAUUUAGAGCUGGAGACCACUUCUGGAACAUUGCCAGGGAUUUCCAAGGAACCCACUACAUCUGUCUUUCUAGCUAGUGCCGCCACAGAAAAAGAAACUGACAAUACCUUGCUGGAACACAAAGAAAGAAGCAAGAAUAUAAAUAUUAGUGAAAAGCAAAUUCCUCCCAAGGUGCCUAACGUGGAAAAGAACUUAAGACAGUCACAACCUAAAUCGUACCUUUGCCACUAUGAGCUGCCUGAAGCCCUUCCCCAAGGAAAGGUGAAUGAGGCAUCAACCGAGUGGCUGCGUUUUAAUUCAGGAAUUCUUAACGCACAACCACCAUUACCAUUCAAAGAAGCACACGUCAGUGGUCAUACCUUUGUAACAACAGAGCAAAUCCUGGCUCCAUUGGCUUUACCAGAACAAGCAUUAUUGAUCCCAAUAGAAAAUCAUGACAAAUUCAAGCAUCUCCCUUGUGAGGUCUACCAGCACAUCAUACCGCCGAACAUGCUGGCCAACAAGGUCAAAUUUACCUUUCCCCCCGCUGCCCUCGCUCCCCCCAGCACACCUCUGCAGCCUUUGCCUGUGCGGCAGCCCUUACGCUCUACCUCUGUAACCACCAUCCACCACACCGUCCUGCAGCAGCACGCCGCCGCAGGAACCUUCAAAGUGCUUCAGCCACACCAACACUUUCUGUCCCACGUCCCAGCUCUCACCAGAACAUCGUUACCUCAACUCUCAGUAGGACCAGUAGGAGCGAGGCUUUGUCCUGGGAAUCCGCCAACUUUUGUUGCUCCUCCUCAGAUGCCCAUCAUCCCGGCUUCAGUUCUUCAUCCUAGCCAUCUGGCUUUCCCGCCUUUACCCCAUGCACUCUUUCCUUCACUGCUUUCCCCGCACCCCACGGUCAUCCCACUGCAGCCCCUCUUCUAGUCACCACCAUAAAGGGGGAAGAAAAUAGUCCUGGGAAAACUAUUGCUGUAUGCGUCAAAGCUCAUCUAUGUGGAUCGUUGCCUAUUUGAAUGGUGGGAAGAAACUAGCCAAACUAUGGCCUCCUUGAUAUGAAAUCAUUUACUGUAAGUUGAAUGAUGCAAAUAAAUUCUUAGUUUCUGAUAUAUAAUAUU